AUGAAGAGUAAACACAUACUUCUGGCUAGUUUUAUACUAGCUCAGCUGAUUUAUGUCAACGGCUUUGCGUGGGCCGUAGUCGGUGUAGCUACCACCGCUCUCGGUAUGAUUGUUAAAAUCAUCGAUCAAACUCAAACUUGGACGGUGGAGGUCUACAACGAAGGAAGGCACCAUGCUCACAUGUGGUGCGCAGAUAAGAACAGAAGAAUCGGGGGAGACGAUGGAGUAUGGGUCAAACCAGGAGAUAAAAUAAUGUUCUCAUUUAGAAAAAGUGCGAGCGCUCAGUUCUGGUGUACUAUGGACUGGUACGGACAGCGAGUGGGAUGGGAUGUUUACGUCCACAACUGGGAUGAUGCUCCGAACCCAACGAAAUGGUCCAUCAGGGAUGAUGGGGUCUACGAUCAAUGGAGGAAUAGGAAGUGGAGGAACCUGAACAGUUAA